AUGGCUGCCCUCGAUGACAGCCUUACAAAGUUUGAGGGGAAAUUAUGGACUUUUUGGACUCGUAGCUCUGGAAUUUCUAAUUUAUUAAGUCUGCGAAAUAAUGAUGAUCAUGGCAAAGUCAGACCACAAGCUUCCACAUCUCUUCUUAAAAAAGAAGAUAUGGCCACUUAUGGCUACUGUCCAGUGUGGGAAGACUUUUAUCUCGUUGUCUGUGACUUCUGUGGAGUGUCUGUUAAGCCUCAGGCUCUCAAGCAUCACAUAGAACAACAACACGGCAUUGAUAAGGUCUUCUUAAGUUCUUCUGACAAGCCUUGUGAUGCCAUAACUGUUAGUGCUGCGGCUGCUUCGUCGUCAACUAGCUGGGUCUUUUCUGGCAGUGACGAAAGUAAAGCUUCUAGUGUGACGUCUGAUAACAUCACUGAAGUGACAUGUCUGGGCGCCAGUAGCAGUUCACAAAACAAAACACUAAAGAGACUACUAGAAAAGAAUCCAAGAAGAAGCCCAACUGGAUCUUUCUUGACUGGAGACAGACAAGAUUCUGGUUUGGGUCUAUCAUUCUUUGGCAGCUCCAGCCAAGAUUCAGAUUUGCCAAUGGAAAUCCCAAAUGUUGCUCCUUCCACUUCAAUAUCUGCAAUGACUAACACCCUGCAUACCAAACAUGAGACAUUCGCCUCCAAUUUAUCAAACCACAAUUCUGACAGCUAUGUCCAUUUAAGAGCUGCUCUUGAUGGAGUACCCCAAAAUACAUCUAAUUUCUCCUUAUUAGAAAAUGGCUCUACACCAAGAACAGUCAUGCAAGCCUCCAAUACUUUGCCUUAUUCUAACUACUCCAACGUGAGAGUUUCACAGAGCUCCUUGACUAACAGUUGUCGGAACAUAAGUAGGUGUAGCAAUAGUAACAGUCAUGGGAGUAAUAGCACUAUUAGCAAUAACGUAGCAUUAGGUAUUAGUAAUGGUCUUGACUAUGGUGAAGGAGGCACUGAACUCAUAGGAAGGAAUAGCUCAUCAAGAACAGUCAUCUCUCCUGGACUGGAUUUUCCCUCACCAUCGCCAUGCAGUUUAUCUAAAGACGACGAGGACAGCCUUGAUAGCAGAUUACGAGCCCUGCACAGCCCUCAGGACGACUCUUCUCCAUCCCUCAUUCCGUCAUCGUCACAGUUGCCGAGCUUGGCAGGUGACGGUGUUAGUAAUCAAGCUUUCCCCUUGGAAAGUAAUUCCCUCCACCACCAUGGAAGUAAUUCUCUCCAUCAGACUCGAGCACUGCCGGAUCUUUCCCUUGAUAAUAAUUCAAUGCUAAACCCCUCGCCUCACUACACUGGGCAGCUUAGUGUUGGGCCACUCAGUGUUGAACCCCAGAGUAUCGGGCCCCAGUCAGUGGGUCCUCACAGUGUUGGGCCUCCCAGUGUGGGGCCGCCUAGUGUCGGGCCUUCCAGCGUUGGCAGUUCUGGCAUGACUCCCAGUCAUGCUUCAUUUACGAGCAAUCGGCCCAGUGGCAUGAACACAAGCUUGAACAAUCAUACCAACAGCAGCACUAAUGAUUUUUGUGGGAUGUUGUCCUCGAUAUCACCCUCUGGUGUUAUGAUGUCCAUGGACGGACACAUCGAUAGCAAUAGUAGGAGUGAUGGGAGCAAUAACACUCCUGUGUUACACUCAGCUUCUCCCGCCGUUGAUAGUGCCGAGGAGGAAGUUAAGAGGAUAUCUGCCAUGCUGCAGAAGGAGGUCGAGGCCUUGACUGCAUCUCAGCAACUUAAUUCCAGAUCUCGUUCUAUGCAUUCACUUCCCUCAGGCAAUUCUUUACCUCCUCAUGACAUUGUCGAGGCCCAAGUCAUGGUUGGGCGGAGACAUCACUCUAGCUCCUCUUCUCUUUUAGGUGUCACCUCGCAAGCAUCGCACAAUUCUUCCACUGCCAGUAUAGGUUUGAGCAAUUCGUCUAUUGCUAUGUCUAAUACUUCCAAUGAAUUUUCAACUUUACAUUCAAAUAAUAACACAUUGACGUCCUCGAGAAGAGCUAAUAACGAUAACGGUGUUCAAGUGACUAAUUUGGGUAGUAAUAACAAUAGUAACUCUAAUAAUAUGGGAUCUGUUCCUGUUCCUAUAGGCCAUAUGUCUGUUGAAACCCUCAACCAAAUCCAGGCUGAUUUAUUGGCGACGGUGAGUGAGUCUGACUUGAAUGCCGUUUUGAAUGCCACGCCUGACUCGUCUGACCCAUCGUUGUUACCUAAUAACUCUUCUCUUGUUUAUUUUCCUGACAACCAAACUGUGCAAUUCUCUGACUCUUUGUCACUCACAUCCGAUAAUUUUUCCUCGAAUCAAUUGUCAAGUUCUGGGAGCAUAUCUCAGGUGCAAUUUAGUAAUGAACAAUUAAGUAUGCCGGUCUUGGACUCGGGGGAUAGUCCUGUUACCCUGCAGCAGUCGAGCUUCAGGAGUUUGGGUCUUCUGGACCAGUCAGACCAAAUGCGGCUGUCGGAUGCUUCUCAGGCGGAAGAACUGACAAACGCUGUCAAUUCAAUCACUCAGCCUGGGCAAAACAAUUGCAUCAAUGCUUAUGAUUCACCAUUAGGUAGUUUUAUUCAGCCUAACUCGCACUUGCCUAUGGUUGUAUCGUCGCCAGCGCCAUCUCCAUCACCCACAGUCUCGUUUUGCUCCGUGAGUUUGGCAGCUGCGUCCCCUUUGAGUGCAUCAAGUGUCUCGAGUUUACCUCUGACACCUCUUGUGGCAGGAAGCAACGUCCAAGACGUCACGUCGCUGGGACAAAGUGUUUGCACUACUCAGGGUAUCACGGUCGUUAUUGGUGGCACUGCAACUCCUAUCACUUUACCUCAGUCUCCCAUCACCUCGACUAAUAGUAAAAAGGCAGUAUUCAGCAGUCAAUGCAUAGUAAGCCAGAGUCCCACACUCACCCAGUCUCCAUUACAAUCGAGUUUCAGCAGUGGAGGUCACACUACACCCAUACACAGCCUCCCCUCUCAAAGUACCACUCCUUCCCCUAAGAAAUCGAGCAAAAAGAAGAAGCCUUGCGAGGCGCGAAAGAUCGUACCACUCAAAGACAGAGAAUACAAUCCAGAGAAGCACUGCGGUGUGCUUGUGGCUGAGACUGGCAAGCCGUGCACGCGGUCCCUCACUUGUAAGACCCACAGCCUCACUCUAAGAAGAGCUGUCAACUCUCGGAGUAAAAAAUUCGACGAGCUUCUCUUCGAACACCGCGCUAAUAAGACGACCAAAUCCGGCGAUGGAGCGAGUAGCUCCGGAGCUGUUCAGGGAGCUUCAACUCCCUCUCGAGGUGUGACUACCCCAACCACCACCACCACAACAACCUCCUGCAUUUCAUCUACUAACUCUACCAUGGUUGCUGGCGUUAAUCUAACCAUGGUUGGUGCUACGAGUGGUGGUGGCCCUUCGUGUUCCCCUCUUUUGGCCCGGAGUUUGAGUGGCGCCUCUGCCUCCACUACUCCAGUUACCUCCCUCCAUCAGCAAUACUCCACGGACUCCUCACACUCCUCCAUCCAUCCCCCCGCUUCCCCUUACCAGUGGGCGGCUUCCCUAGCCAUUGUCCGACCAUCUAGAACCCACACUGACAAUUUCUACUCUACAUCUCCUCCUCAGCCCCUAGCCACAUGCUCAUACAACACACGUCGUCUGGGUGGAUUCCUAGCCACAGAGCACAAGAAUGACUUGCUGCGCAGCGUUCUGCGCACCGCACUGAAGAAGCCCUCUCCUACUUCGUAUAUUAUUGACUCGAGCUGCAGCAGUGGUUCCCAUAGCGCCACGGUCUCAGGAACAUUGCCUGCUGUUGCGGCUGAACGUCUUAACAACGUCAAGCCUUUGCUAGCGCGCAAACUGCAGGCAACUGUGCCACUAAAUGCUUUAGCUACUAAUAAAGAUGGCAUCACAGUCAGCACAGGCUACAACGGACACAUUCAAGUGGCUGCUAGCAGUAUGGGAAUAGUGGGUACAGUAGCUGGCGGACAAUUAAAACGAGGUGUUCAUCAUAUAGAUAGUAUUGUUAAUAAGAACGUCAGCAACCUCCCUAAGAACUGUAAAAACAAGAAAAUUAAAGUUAGUGAGAAUGGCCCCGGAAUUAGCCUGCUCAACAGCGUUGUACAAAUAGAUGCCAAUGGAAACGCCAAAAAUCACGGCAUUCCAGUAGUGGCUGUGACGAUCCCGAAUGGAUUAUCUUCUCAAACAAUAAACUUGAGUAACGUGAAUUUCAGCGGCAUGCGCACGGUGGGCACAAGUCAGCCUAUACGCAUUCAUCCCUCAACCAUGAAAACCUACGUCCGUGAUCAGAUAACUGGUGAAAACCGGCCUACAACCGUCACGGGAGUCUUGAGUAACGUUGUCGUCAGCGCCGCGACGUCUGCCUCACCCGUCACGGCUGCAACCGUCGGCCAGACCAUCAACACGGACGGCACAAACAUCGUUCUCAACCCCGGCACGACGAGCUACCUCAUCGCCGACGGCCUGAAGUCCUUUAAAGGCGAUGCAAGCGGCGGCAUUAGACUGGAGCUGCAUCCUAGCAGCGCGUUCUCGGCAGACUCGCGCUUCAUUCACGCCACUCAACUCUCUAAAGUGGUAACAAGCAGCGGUGUGGUCAGUGCGUCGGGCGGCAGCGGGUCGACCAGCAUACCACUGAGUCAGCCUCAGCAACAGGUCACCUACCUCGCUCCAGCCGUGGCCUCUAGCACCAACCAGCCUCUCACACUCCAGCAGGUCCAACAGCCUCAGCAACAGGUCACCUACCUCGCCCCAGCCGUGGCCUCUAGCACCAACCAGCCUCUCACACUCCAGCAGGUCCAACAGGUCGGUUACUCAGUGUAUUCAGUAUUGAACCGACUGCAAAGCAAAGGAGGCGGAUUUAAACUUUACCCUUCUAACGCUGCCAGCAACGCGAGUGCAGUAGUAGCCCGAGCCACUGCAGCCUCUGGUGGUGCUGUGGCGUCCACCACACCGCACCACCGCACCACCUACGUCAUCCACCAGGACAACCAGCCAUCCUGA